AGGCAGUCGCAGCUUUGCUGGAUAUAACAGAGAGAAGAAAAUGGCAGAAAAGAAAGCUUCAACCUUUAUUCAUUUGUGACAAUUAAAAUCUAUCAAUUGUGACAAACUAGACGUGGUAGAUAGGAUUGUUCUUAUUCUUUGCCUCCCCAUUUGGUAAAUUCCACCUUCCCUCUAAAACGCGCAAAGCUCCUACUUUAUCUCUCUACAUUUGAGGAGACGCAUAUUACUUACGUAUAUAACAUUGCAUUCUCCACAUGUAUCUUUUGUUAUGAUCCCAUUCAACGGAGCCAAUUUUCUGUUUGUUUCAUUGGCAGAGACGAGCGUUUUCUGUGUACAAGAAAGGAGAGAGAAAGAUAGGUUCAUCGAUGGAGAGCACAUUUAAGGAAAUGACUGGUGAACCAGUUCUUGAUAUGGAAGAUAAAGCUGGUGUAGGUGGCGGUGUUAAGGACGUGUAUGGUGAGGAUAGGGCCUCCGAAGAUCAACUUAUCACCCCAUGGACUGUUUCUGUUGCUAGCGGCUAUACAUUGUUGCGUGAUCCACAUCACAACAAAGGGCUUGCCUUCACUGACAAGGAAAGAGAUGCUCACUACUUGACAGGCCUUCUUCCCUCAGCCGUUUUUACUCAAGAACUUCAGGAGAAGAGAUUGAUGCACAAUCUGCGCCAGUUUACAGUCCCAUUGCAAAGAUAUAUGGCCAUGAUUGACCUUCAGGAGAGAAAUGAAAGGCUCUUCUAUAAGCUUCUGAUUGAUAAUGUUGAAGAACUGCUACCAGUUGUCUAUACUCCGACAGUUGGUGAGGCUUGCCAGAAGUAUGGAAGCAUUUUCCGGCGCCCUCAGGGUCUUUAUAUCAGCUUAAAAGAGAAGGGAAGGAUUCUUGAAGUUCUAAAGAAUUGGCCUGAAAAGACUAUUCAAGUUAUAGUUGUAACUGAUGGCGAGCGCAUUUUAGGGCUUGGGGAUCUUGGUUGUCAGGGUAUGGGGAUUCCUGUGGGAAAACUCUCCCUAUAUACAGCUCUUGGAGGUGUUCGUCCCUCAGUUUGCCUACCCAUAACAAUCGACGUUGGGACAAAUAAUAAGAAGUUAUUGGAUGAUGAGUUCUACAUUGGGUUGAAGCAAAACAGAGCAACUGGCGAGGAAUAUGCUGAGCUUCUGGAUGAGUUCAUGUCUGCAGUUAAGCAGAACUACGGGGAGAAAAUCCUAGUACAGUUUGAAGAUUUCGCAAACCACAAUGCCUUUGAGCUACUUUCUAAAUACCGCACAACUCAUCUCGUGUUCAAUGAUGAUAUUCAGGGUACGGCUUCAGUGGUUCUAGCCGGACUCAUUGCAGCUUUGAAAGUAGUGGGUGGGACUUUAGCCGAUCACACUUUCUUGUUCCUCGGUGCUGGAGAGGCUGGGACUGGUAUAGCUGAGCUUAUAGCUCUUGAGAUAUCCAAGAAGACAGAUACUCCAAUUGAAGAAACCCGAAAAAAAGUUUGGCUCGUGGACUCUAAGGGAUUGGUGGUUAGUUCUCGUAAGGAGUCCCUUCAACAUUUCAAACAGCCUUGGGCUCACGACCACAAACCUGUUAAGGAACUGUUAAAUGCAGUUCAGGCAAUAAAACCAACAGUUCUGAUAGGAACUUCAGGUGUUGGACGAACAUUUACUAAGGAAGUCGUAGAGGCCAUGGCAUCCUUCAAUGAGAAACCAAUCAUUCUCGCUCUAUCAAACCCGACCUCACAAUCAGAAUGUACUGCUGAAGAGGCUUAUGCAUGGAGCGAGGGACGUGCUAUCUUUUGUAGUGGAAGCCCAUUUGACCCUGUUGAA